CCUGCAUAAGUUCUUGCAGCUCUCCAUUAUUUUUAUGUGAAAGGUAAAAUGCCAAAACUACAAAGGACCUUUGAGUAAUUCACACAACCCAAAGACCAAAGUCACUGAUGUAUAGAGCUAUUCGCUAUUUUACUGUCCAUCUCUCUGCACUUGAGGCCUAAAUAUGAAGCACAUGAAGAAACACUACGACACCAUUUUGUCACUCUUAGAAACAUGCAGAACCAUGAGAGAAUUGAAACAAUUACAUAGUCUGAUGAUCACUACAUCAGUUAUCAAAGAUAUAAUCCCCUUGAGCAAACUCAUUGAAUUUUGUACAACUUGUGAAUUUGGCAAUCUCAACUAUGCAAAAUCGGUUUUUUGCCAAAUUCGUCAACCCAGUGUCUAUAUUUGGAACUCUAUGAUCAAAGGGUACUCUAACAGUGAUACCCCACAUGAGGCAUUGUUUCUGUACAGGGAAAUGCUACAAAGGGGUCACUCAGCGGAUCAUUUUACAUAUCCUUUUGUGCUUAAAGCUUGUUCAAUUGUUUAUGAUAUUGAGCAUGGGAAGUGUAUUCAUAAUCACGUUUUGAAAACUGGAUUUGAGGUGAAUGUCUAUGUGUCUACUUGCUUGCUUAAUAUGUAUGUAUCUUGUCAAGAUAUGAAAUCAGGAUUACAAGUGUUUGAUAAAAUUCCCAAGUGGAAUGUCGUAGCUUGGACCAGUCUGAUAGCUGGGUAUGUUAAUAAUGAUUGUGUUUGUGAGGCUAUCAGAGUGUUCAAGGAUAUGGAGAAUUUGAAUGUGGUGCCUAAUGAGAUAACUAUUACUCAUGUUCUUGUUGCGUGCAGUAGGAGUAGAGAUUUAUCUACUGGUAAAUGGGCUCAUAAUCGUGUUUGUGAACUUGGUUAUGAUCCCUUUGAGUCAAGGCCUAACCAUAAUGUGAUUCUUGCAACUGCUAUUGUUGACAUGUAUGCUAAAUGUGGCAGCUUAAAAGUUGCCAGGGAUUUGUUCAACAAGAUGCCUAAGAGAAACUUGGUUGCUUGGAAUUCAAUGAUAGCUGGUUAUAAUCAAUGUGGGCAAGCUGAAGAAGCAUUUGGUCUUUUCUAUGAUAUGCGUUUUAUUGGGUUUGAUCCAGAUAAAGCUACCUUCCUGAGUGUGAUAGGUGCCUCUGCUAAGUUGGGUGCUUUGGCCUUGGGACAAAGUCUUCAUGCUUAUGUAUCAAAACUGGGCAUUGACAGAGAUGUUGCUAGAACAGCUUUAGUGGACAUGUAUGCCAAACUUGGAGAUGCAGAUACUGCUAGGCGCAUUUUUUGUGAUAUGCAGACCAAAGAUGCCAUGGCAUGGACUAGCAUGAUUAUAGGCUUAGCUAUGCAUGGACAUGGGAAAGAGGCACUGAGCAUUUUCAAGAGAAUGAAAGAGGACCCUAAUGUGACUCCCGACCAAAUUGCAUACAUUGGAGUUUUAUGUGCCUGCAGUCAUGCUGGACUGAUUGAAGAGGGUAAAAGACACUUUGCUGAAAUGAGAGAGGUUUAUGGCAUAUUGCCUUCAAUAGAACACUAUGGUUGCAUGGUUGAUCUUUUAAGCCGAGCCGGUCGAUUCAAGGAAGCAGAGAGAUUAGUAGAGCAAAUGCCAGUCAAACCAAAUGCUGCAGUAUGGGGAGCUCUCUUGAAUGGAUGUGAAAUAUAUGAAAAUGUAAAAUUGGCAAAACUGGUAAGAAGUCGCAUAGGAGAGUUGGAACCUCUUGGUAGUGGAGUUCACGUGCUUCUUUCUAAUAUAUAUGCUAGGGCUGGUAGAUGGCAAGAUGUCAAAAGGGCCAGAGAGUUCAUGAAGAACAGAAACAUUGUAAAAACCCGUGGCUACAGUGCAGUUGAAAUGCAAUUAUUGACCAGAGUAUUUUGAUGCUUACAGUCUUUGGUGAUUUUAUUUGACAGUCA